CACAUACACAUACACCUGUCUCUUUGUUGUUGUUGCCAUGCCAACCUCGCGCGGAGGAGGUGGUGGACAAGAAGACGAUCACCCGUCCAUCCUACACGGCGGCGUGGGCGACGGUGGCGGAGGGGAUGCCGGCGACGGACCAAGGCAGGUGUGGGUGCCUGGUCCCGUGAUCGUGGGCGCGGGCCCGUCGGGGCUGGCGACGGCGGCGUGCCUCAAGGCGCGCGGCGUGCCGUCUCUGGUGCUGGAGAAGGACGCGUGCGUGGCGGCGUCGUGGCGGCACCGCACGUACGAGCGGCUCCGGCUGCACCUCCCGCGAUCAUUCUGCCAGCUCCCGCUUGCGCCCUUCCCGCCGGGCACGCCGCCGUACCCGACCCGGGACCAGUUCAUCGCCUACCUCGACGCCUACGCGCGCGCCUUCGGCAUCGAGCCCCGCCUCGGCGCGCGAGUCCGCAGCGCCGCCUACGACGCCGCCAUCGGGUUCUGGAGGGUCACUGUCGACGCCAACGGCUCGGAGGAGACGACGACCACGGAGUACGUGUCGCGGUGGCUCGUGGUGGCCACCGGGGAGAAUGCGGAGCCGGCAUGGCCGGAGGAUGUCGAGGGGAUGAACGGUUACCGCGGUGUGGUCAUGCACACGAGCAGCUAUAAAAGAGGGGACGAGUUCAGGGGCAAGAAGGUGCUCGUCGUCGGCUGCGGCAACUCCGGCAUGGAGGUCAGCCUCGACCUCUUCAACAAUGGCGCCAAGCCCUCCAUGGUUGUCAGGGACAAGCUUCAUGUUUUGCCCAGGGAGAUGCUAGGCAUCUCCACAUUUGGCCUGUCGGCGUUCCUUCUCAAGUGGUUGCCAAUAAAACGGGUUGACUCCUUGCUCCUAUUCUUCUCAAGAUUGAUCCUUGGAGAUACUGAGAAAUAUGGUCUCUCGCGACCUAAGAUCGGCCCCCUCCAAAUCAAGAAUUCAACUGGGAAAACACCGGUACUCGACAUCGGAGCUCUGAGAAAGAUCAAAGACGGAAAAAUAAAGGUGGUCCCGGCAAUCAACCGUUUCACAGAGAAUGGGGUUGAGUUCAUUGACGGCGGCCACACAGAGGACUUCGAUGCCGUCAUCUUCGCCACCGGCUACAAAAGCAACGUGCCUUCAUGGCUCAAGGAGCAGGAGUUUUUCAGCCUGAGUGAUGGGUUCCCAAGGAAGGCCUUCCCGCACAGCUGGAGGGGCAAGAAUGGCCUCUACGCCGCUGGCUUCACCAGGAAGGGCCUCAUGGGCACCUCCUACGAUGCUCUCAGAAUCGCCGGUGACAUCGCGGACCAGUGGACUGAGGCCUUUGCGAGCCCCACCCCCGCUGCUUCUCACAGAAGCAGCGAUCAUGAUGCCUGAAACCAUUAACAGCAUGCGCCUAUUAAUCGAUCAUUUCUAGCUUGCUUGAUGGUGUUCUGAUGCACUUUCAGCUGUUCUUUUUUUCUCCUUCUUUAUCCCUCUUUAGUUUGCUGAGCGAGAAUGCGUGACUGAGAUGUGUAUAUAAGUAUGUCGAACUGUUUAAUCCU